AUGACAGCGACAUUAUCUUGGGGCGUUGGUGGGACUACUGGAUCGCCCGUUGCAACCAUUGUUACAUCCACAGAAAAUGAUACCUCUGUGUCCCUACAUAUCCCACUCGUGCCCUUUUAUCCCUGCCCUUAUAAUGCCUUCCUUGUCACUAAGUUACCUCCAGCCUCUGCCGGAACUCCCUCCUGCAAGGACAAUUAUAACUGCAAGGACACCCAGCUGUGUUAUGGCGGGGUGUGUGUGGACGGUUUUUCUGUAUCCAAGUGUGGGUACAAGGCUCAGUGCCACACCGUGCAUCACAUCCCCAUGUGUACCUGUGUACCUGGUUCAUCGUGCGCUCAGUGCGUGAGAGACUCCGACUGCUCUUUCGCGGAGAGCUGUCGUGGUGGCUCUUGCGUUGAUCCAUGCGUGGUUGGCGCCCCGUGUGGACGCAACGCCGAAUGCGCUGUGACGCUACACCGCCCCAUUUGCUCCUGUCCUGCGGGGUACACGGGUAACCCCCGCCAAGAGUGCCUCAAAGCACCAACCGUCCCUCCCGGAUGCACCUCAGACUUCGAUUGUAUCGAGACCAAAGUUUGCUAUGAUCGGGACUGCAAGGACCCGUGUGGUCUUGCCAAUCCCUGUGCGGCCAAGGCCACUUGCACUACAGUCUCGCAUCGUCCCGUGUGCACCUGCAAUCCGGGUUACUCGGGAAAUCCUUAUGUUUUCUGCGGAGUUGACAAUAUAUCUACGGGAUGCCGUGGCGAUGGUGACUGUCCCUCAACACAAGCUUGUAUUAACAACGACUGUCGGUACCCCUGCGAAGAUGACCCCUGUGGAAUAAAUGCCGAGUGUAUCAACAGUGAGCAUAGUGCCCAAUGCAGGUGCCGCAACGGCUUCCAGGGUGAUCCGCUUAAAGGAUGCACUCCCGGUAAGUUAGUUACACCGACAGGAACAGAAAGUGACCAUUUUCUGUUAUACAUGUUUCUACACUUUUUUUUAGGGAUAUCUUAAAACACGUUGUGGACGAUUUCUACCCUCGGUAUUGUUUACUCUGGCGUAGAAAUCUAAAGAAUUUCUCUAGGGAAACUUUUUGCUGAUUCUUAUAUUAUACACAUUAGCAUA